AUGGUCAUUCAUGGAAGCUUUACGUUUGUAUCCCUUUGGAACUCAAAAACAGCCCACAAAUGGCGUCAAUUUCUUAUCAUUUGGUCACUUUGUGGCUGCGCACUUUCCCCAUUUUUAAUUAUGCCUUUUUUUGAUCUGGAAAAAGUCCACAUUUCAAGAGAUGCCCUUGGUCAUCCAAACGUGCCUCUGGGGCCUAGUACAUCGCAAACUCCCGCCACUAUUAUAAUUUCUUCCGUUCUUUUUGAAGGCCAUAAGUCAAAUAUUUCUAUUAACCGAAUCAGGAGAGAAGCCUUCUAUAAUGUAUCUUCCUCUGCUACUUUGUCUAGCCUUUCAACUCCAUUACCUAUUUUACCUUCGAUCUCAAAAAUAGAUGAAAAAAAUCAUUCGAGUGUGAUAUGGUCCACUCAUCUCAAUGCAACUAUUCCUAUAAAUAUCACAUUUGACUACCCCUUACCCGCAUCGAAUAUAUCGACUGCAUUUCAACAGACCCUGUCCUCUUCCCUUGACUCUACUACAAAAUCGUUUGAAGCUAAUAACAAAACCAUAGCUACGACUCCUAUUAACUUGCCACACAAACCCUCAGUCAGCGAUGCACAGAAUCUUAAUCAGGACUCUGCUGCGGCCGAUGGGACCCAAGCCGCAAAAGUGAUGAAACAACUAGAAGAGGAUAGAAAAAUGGAUCCCAUUGAUCCAAAAGACAAGCCUUCAUCUAAACCCGCUAUAACUCCUGUUCCGUUCCUUUUUUAA